AAAUUAUGAAAUCAACAAAAACAUUGCACAAGUUGCCGUCGCUGCUGCUGCUGUUGCUGCUCGUCUCCGUUUGGAGUCACCCGAUGCCGGAUGUCGCUGUGCCUGGGAGUGAGGCCCAGCAGUCCCUGAUUCUCAUUCAGAACAAUCUGAGACCAGAGCAUGCGAAAAACUAUGAAAUAUCUGUGCCAAAAGCACCGCGGCCGGGCGAGCCCUGUCUGACCAUCAGCUGGAAGACCAAUCCGGAUGGAACUGGACCGGAUGAGCCCCAAAUUUAUCUAGUCAAUGGAUACUUCAAGAUAUUGACACCGUCAGAAGCGGCAAAUCUCCAGCAAUGAUGGCGAUGUGUAAGCACUA